AUGAAUUCCGUUCAUAAUUAUAAUGAAUAUUUAUAUAACAACAAUGAGACGGACAAUGGAAAUAUUUCAAGAGAUAAUAAUAAUAAUAAUAUGAGUAAUAAUAAUUGUAAUAGUAACACUAAUUAUUUUGAAUCACACGAAAAAAGAAAUGAUUCUUUAAAUAAUAUAAAUGAUAAUUCUCUUUAUAGAAGCAAGGUAAGUUUAAAAGCUGAGGAAAAUAGAUACGUGCAGAACAACUUUCAAGUGAAUUACGAUAUUAUGGAUGGUCGAGAUAGAAUGGAAGAUAUAAAUAAUAGUAUUAAAAAAUAUACUGACAUUAUUAUAUGUAAUAAACGUAAUACAAAUAAUGAGAGUGUUAUGAAUAAUGUGAAUAAUAUGAAUAAUAAUUAUAAGAAUAACAGUUUGAAUGGUUGUCAUAUUAUUAAUGUCGGAAGUAAUAACCCUUAUGAUAAUAACACCGAAAUAACUGAUAAUAAUAAUAAUAAUAAUAAUAAUAAUAAUUCGGUCAUUUUAUAUAAACCUAUAGAUAUGAGUUUUAUUUAUAAAACAUAUGAUAAGAAUGGUAUGAUAUAUUGUAAAAGAAUUAAAUUUUAUUUAAAAAAAGAAAGAGAACAUGAUUAUACAGAUUAUUUAAUUGUCAAGAUUAAUAGUUUAAAAGGCCCAGGAGGAAAACCAUAUAUGAGAUUAGAACUUUCUGAUGAUAAGAAAGAAUUUUUUUUUUAUUAUCUUGAUUUAUAUGAAGAGAAUUAUGAGAAGAUAAAGAAGGAACAGAAGUUGGUUAUAAAUUUUAAUUUAUUUCCAUUUAAAUUUAUAGAUUUAUUAGAAGAAUGUGUUUUAGAGAAUGAUAAUUAUGAGCAUAUGGAGGAUCAACGGUUGAAUGCGGUUUUAAUUUUUACAGACAGUAGUUUAAAAGACAGCAUCAGUAAUAAUAAUAUAAAUAAUAAUAAUACAAAUAAUAAUCACAUUAACAACAAUAAUAAUAGUAAUAGUAAUAAUAAUAAUAAUUGUAAUGUUUAUAAUUUAAGUGAGGAACAUGGUAUGGCAGGUAAUCAGAACAGAAAUAAUUUUGAAGCACAUAAAAAUUCAGAUUAUAAUAAUUCCUAUUAUUAUAAUGAUAAAAGAUUAUUAAGUAAUAAAGUAAAUAUAUGUGAUGGAAAUGCUAUUCUUAAUCUUGUAGAAAUAAAUCAGUUUAAAGAAUUAACUCAUUUAUCUUUAGUUCUUAAAAAAGGUGAUAAUGCAAAUAUAAUUACACAUCUUUGUAAUAAUAUUACAUAUGUGAAAGAAUAUAAUAAAGAAAUUAUAAACAAAUUAAAUGAUGAACUUAUAAAAAAUAAUAAAAGUAAUAUAGAUAUAAAGAAUUUUCAAAAAACAAUAGAACAAUUAGAAAAUAAAAUGAAAGUAUUAACCAAUAAUUUUAAUCAUACAUUAAAUAAUGAUAUUAAUAAUUUAAAAGAAACACAUCAGAAAAUAAUUAUAGAAAAAGAAGAAAGAUAUAAUCAACAAAAUGAUGAAUUAAAAAAAAUUGUAGACAAUUUUAAAAAUAAAUGUAAUGAAUUACAUGAAAUGAAUGAAACACAAGAAACUACAAUUUUCCAUCUUAAUAGUAAAAUAAAAAAUUUAAAAAAUGAAUUAGAAGAAAAAAAUUUUAAUUUAUUAAAAAUUAUAAAAGAAAAAGAAUCUAUAGAAUCUGAAAAAGAAAAACUUGAAAAAUAUAAAAAUACAUUUACUCUUGAAUUUAAUGAUUUAAAAAAUAAAUAUGAAAAAGAAUGUGAAAGUAAUCUAUCAAAUAAUUCAAGUUUUGAAAGUAUCAAAUUAUCAAACACUAAUUUAGAAACAGAAUUAAAAAAAUAUAAAGAAAGAAAUUUUAAACUAGAAAAUGAAAUUAAUAUAGCUAUAGAUGAAAUCAAUAAAGGUAAUGAUAUUAUUACAAAAUUACAAACACAAUUAAAAAAAAUGAAAGAUAAAUUAAAAAAUAAAACAUUAGAACAUGAUAACUUGGAAAAAAUGAAUUCACAAAAUGAAAAACAAAUUACUCAAUUAAAUAAUGAACUCAAAAAUCUUAAGGAUACAAUAGAGCAGCAAAAUGUUGCACAAGAAAAUAUAAAAAAGGAAAAUGACAUGUUGAAAAAAAAAUAUGACGAGUUGGUCAAAGAGUUGAACAUAUCACGCGAGG